AUGAGUGCCUCGGUGAAAGCGUCAUCUUCAUCGUCGUCUUCAUCUUCCUUAUCAUCCUGUUCACAUACAGCAGCUAACGACUCGGGUCAAGAACAUAACUGCAAUCACAACAGCAUCGCUCAGCAGAGGAAGAAAGAUGGCGGACAACCAAAUCGUAACCAUCACAUCAACGGGGAAAACGGUCGCUGUACUGAAGAAUUAACUGAAACACCACAAUCGUUCCUGACAAAGAACGGACACUCUCCUCCAUGUGAGCUACCACCAGUGUAUAAAAGGCCACCCGCUAUAAAACCACGCCCAGUUAAAGCAAGAAACGGCAAGAAAAUCACAGCUAGUCCAUUCUCACUGUUGUCCUCAAGAGAUAACACCAUUUUGAAACGUCCCCCGGUUGCUGGGGCAUUUCAAAUCAGAUCAUGCCCUCCAUCAGAGUUCCGGUUUUUCUAUGAGAGAGGAGAUUUUCCGAUUGCAGUGGACCAUGAUUCAAGAAAUAAUAAGAUAUCAUGGAAGGUUGAGAUUGAGAAGUUAGACUUUCAUCACUACCUGCCAUUGUUCUUUGAUGGACUUUCUGAGACCAAGUUUCCCUAUGGCUUCUUGGCCCGUCAAGGCAUAUACGACAUGCUGGCUCAUUGCGGUCACAAAGCUCUUCCAGUUAUUCCACAACUCAUCUUGCCCAUCAAGAAAGCACUCCAGACAAGGAACCCUCAGGUGAUAUGUACCACGCUGAAGGUUCUACAGGCAUUAAUCCACGCAGAUGAAAUGAUAGGAGAGGCGCUAGUACCAUACUACCGACAAAUACUUCCCGUCUUACAACUCUUCAAGAACCGGAACCAGAACCUUGGAGACGGGAUCGAAUACAAUCAGAGGAAGAAGGAGAACAUGGGAGACCUCAUCAAUGGAACUCUAGAGUUAUUGGAGAAACAUGGAGGUCCUGAUGCAUUCAUUAAUAUCAAAUACAUGGUGCCCACGUACGAAUCGUGCGUUCUGAACUAAAGUGUCGAAUAGUGUUCAAACAGAAUGGUGCCCGAUUACAAAUUAUUCCUUAUAUUAUUAAAAUAGGAGUCUUCCUCUGUGCUGUAGUAUAAUACGAACAUGAAAGGACGACAGAGCUACAUCAGAGAUGUGUUAUGGUAUAGGUUACUGCUAAGAAUCAUUGAUAAAAUUCAUAUUGGAGUAUGUGCCCCGAGAAUGCGAAUCUUCUGUACUGAAUUAUGUUAAAGGCAGUGGGCACUAUUGGUAACUACUCAAAAUAAUUAUUAGCAUAAAACCUUUCUUGUUGAUGAGU